AUGACAGAGAUCCUCAACAUCGGGAACGAACCGAUCUUUGACGAUCGCAUCGUCAAGAUCGAGACUCACACGUACAAUCCGUUCGCCAACACGACGUUCGGGCACAGCGACGAGAUAAGAAUACCUAUACAACAGGAUCUGUACACACUGCCGCAUGAAAGUUUUCUGUACAUCGAGGGAAAACUAACGCUCAACGGAGAUCUUAUUGGACCUCGUAUGGUGAUGGGAAAUAACUGCGUGGCGUUCAUGUUCGAUGAGAUUCGCUACGGACUUGACGGCGUGGAGAUUGAUCGCAACAGAAACGUUGGCAUAACCAGCACUCUCAAAAACAAUACACUGUUAACACUUGACAGAGGCAUAACCCUGGGUAAUUCCGGUUGGGAUACGUAUUAUAGUGAUAAUGCAAAUGGAUACUUUAAUUUUUGUGUACCGCUCUCCAUGUUACUGGGAUUUUGCGAAGAUUACAAACGCGUGGUGAUCAACGCUCCUCAUGAACGGAUUCUGUUACGAUCGUGCAACGAUAACAAUAUUCUGCUGGGAAAUCCUGCGCUGGCGCCUGUGAUCGACAUAUUCAAGAUACAAUGGCGAAUGCCGCACGUGCUGUUGGAUGAAGUCACUAAGCUAUCGAUGCUGCGCACCUUGGAGAGUGGACGAUACCUCACCAUGGGUUUCCGAUCGUGGGACCUGUACGAGUAUCCGCUGUUACAGAGCACGACCAAGCAUUCGUGGGCGAUUAAGACCGCGACUCAGCUUGAGAAGCCGCGAUACGUCAUCUUUGCUUUGCAGACAGGUCGGAAGAACGUCAUGUCCGAGGACGUUACCAUAUUCGACGACUGCAACUAA